AUGUAUACAAAGAUGGUCCAAGUCCUCUGGGGUUGUUUCUUCCUAUGGAAUCUCAACAUUGCAUCUUCCAAGAUUAUCUACCCUGGAAUCAAGGCAAGAGUUACUCAGCGGGCACUGGACUAUGGUGUUCAAGCUGGAAUGGGGACAAUUGAGCAAAUGAUCAUGGAAAAGAGCAUCCCAGAUUUAAAAGGUUCCGAGUCUCUAGAAUUUCUAAAGGUUGAUUAUGUAAACUACAAUUUUUCAAACAUAAAAAUCAAGGCCUUUUCCCUUCCCAAUACCUCAUUGGCCUUUGUGCCUGGAGAAGGAGUCAAAGUGCUCACCAAUCACGGCAUGGCCAACAUCAGCACCGACUGGGAAGUCAGGUCUCCGUUUUUCCAAGAUGCAGGAGGAGCUGAUCUGUUUCUCUCUGGGGCCUUCUUCACGGGUAUCCUUAUCCUGACCCGGAAUAAAUUUGGUCACCCAAUCAUUUUGCUCCAAGACUGCCGCACUCAAGUGAGCCAUGCUCAAGUAUCAUUCUCUGGAGAGCUCAGUGUCCUGUAUAACUCCUUUGCAGAGCCUAUGGAGAAACCCAUUUUAAAGAACUUAAAUGAAAUGCUCUGUCCCAUGAUCACCGGUGAGGUUGAAGAGCUAAAUGUUAAUCUCAGUAUGCUGGAGGUUCUAACCAAGAUCAACAACUAUACUGUCCUGGAUUAUUCCCUAAUCGAUUCUCCAGAAAUUACUGAGAACUACAUUGACCUGGACUUGAAGGGCACAUUCUACCCACUGGACAACCUCGCCGACCCCCCCUUCUCAGCAGAUCCAUUUAUGCUUCCCGAACGCAGUGACUCCAUGCUCUACAUUGGAAUCUCUGAGUAUUUCUUUAAAUCCGCAUCCUUUGCUCACUUCUCAGCUGGAGCAUUUAAUGUGACUCUGUCCACAAAGGAGAUUUCGAAUCAUUUCCUUCAAAAUUCCCAAGGCCUUGGCAACGUGCUCUCGCGGAUUGCAGAGAUCUACAUCUUGUCCCAGCCCUUCAUGGUCCGUAUCAUGGCGACCCAGCCUCCUGUGAUCAGUCUGCGGCCGGGUAAUUUCACCUUGGACAUCCCUGCCUCCAUUGUGAUGCUCACGCAGUCUGAGAACUCAACUGCUGAAACCAUCGUUUCCAUGGACUUUGUUGCUAGUACCAGUGUCGGCCUGGUUAUUUUGGGACAGAGACUCAUCUGCUCCUUAUCUCUAAACAGAUUCCGCCUCUCUUUGCCAGAGUCCAAUCGCAGCAACAUUGAGGUCUUGAGGUUUGAGAAUAUUCUCUCUUCUAUUCUUCACUUUGGAGUGCUCCCAUUGGCCAACGCAAAAUUACAGCAGGGAUUUCCUCUGCCCAACCCCUACAAAAUUUCAUUGAUCAAUUCUGAUAUCGAAGUUCUUGAGGGAUUCCUUCUGAUUUCCACGGACCUGAAGUAUGGAGAGAACAGUGUGCAGCAGCCAAGUGCCCCAGGCUGGGAAGGUCUGAAUCUGAUGCACAAAUACUGGAGUGGGAAGUUAGCUCCUUGA